CUCGUUCCAACCCGGUUUUUCCACCUCAACCUCGAAGUCAAUGACACAAUAGAUCAAUACCUACGAUUAAUCCUACGAACCACAUCCUACAACUUCAGCUACCGUUAAAGAACAUCACCAAGAUACAGAUCCUCGUCAAUAGGUGCUUCGAGAGUUGUCGUGGUUGACGCCCUUUGCUGCUGCGCAGCGCCCCUCAACACCUCACGCGUCGUUUGUCGCUAUCUGAACAUCGACAGACAAGAUGCGUCCGCAGACCUCAUUCUCCUACCUACUCUCCCUCCUCCUCGCCACCGUCUCCUUGACACCAUCUGUCCUCGCCGAAAACAUAAUCGAGUCAAGCUCAUUGAACUCCUGCCAGGCCAAUUCUAACUUCACGGCCACUUUGUUCAAUGUCGCCUACACUCCCGCGAACAGCAGUAUCUACCUCAACAUUAAUGGUGUUUCCUCUAUCACAGGAAAUGUCACUGCACUGGUGCAGCUCAUUGCUUAUGGUUUCAACAUCUUGAAUGACACGAUCAACCCUUGCGACGAUAACCUUUCCGGUUUCUGCCCCAUGCAGACAGGUCAAAUCAACAUCGAGACAAACAUUGAUGUCCCAUCAAGUGUUACAAAAAAUAUCCCAGGCAUUGCCUAUGGUGUCCCCGAUCUUGACGGUGUCGUGCGGGUUUAUGUGACCUCUACCGACACGAACGAAGUCAUUGCAUGUCUGGAAGCAGACUUGUCAAAUGGCAAGAGUGUCUAUCAAGUGGCUGUCGGAUGGGCCACUGCUGUUAUCGCCGGUCUUGGUCUCGUCGCUGCUGGCGUUACAUCUGGACUUGGUCAUCCCAACACCGCUGCUCACGUUGCCGCUAAUGCCGUCUCACUGUUCGGAUUCUUCCAGGCCCAGGCCAUCAUCGGAAUGUCCUCCGUUACUAUGCCCCCCAUUGUUCAGUCAUGGACACAGAACUUCCAAUGGAGCAUGGGUGUCAUUCGCGUUGGCUUCCUUCAAUCUAUUGCCACAUGGUAUCAAAGAUCAACGGGAGGUACCCCUACCACAUAUCUUUCGACUUUAAGCACUGUUUCCGUCGAGGUACAAAAACGUGCCGUCAAGCGGUCCAUUCAGCACAUGGCUAUUGCUGCUUCAUAUGCUUCAAGAGGUGCUCGUUAUCUCGCGAAACGAUCCACCUCCUCUACUACUACUACCACCGAUACUACUAAGGUCGUCCGUGGUAUUGAGAGAGUCGGGUUCCGGGCUGGAAUUGAGCAAACCAACAUCUUCAUGACCGGUCUUAUCUUCUUCAUUUUCAUCCUGUUCUUGACCGCCGUCCUGGUCGCUUUGGCCAAGCUUUUCCUUGAUCUGUUUUCCAAAGCCGGAUGGAUGAAGUCGAACAAGUUCUUGGAGUUCCGCAAUGGUUGGAAGAUCGUCAUCAAGGGCAUCUUGUUUCGAUUGGUCCUCCUUGGCUUCGUCCAGAUGUCCGUUCUCUGCUUAUGGGAGAUCGUCGAACGCGACUCGGCCGCGGAAAUUGUCCUCGCCCUCAUCGUCUUCAUCUCCAUGGCUGUCGCUUUGUCUUGGGCUUCAUUCAAAGUCAUUCAGCUUGCCAAGAAAUCAGUCACCAUGCAUAAGAAUCCGGCCUACAUUCUUUACUCCGACCCCAAGUGUCUCAACAAGUGGGGUUUUCUCUAUGUUCAGUAUCGGGCUACUGCCUACUACUUUGUCGUGCCCUUGUUGGCUUACAUUGUGGCAAAAGCCGUCUUCAUCGCCUUCGCUCAAAGUUCGCCCGCUGCUCAAGCCAUCGGCCUUGUUAUUGUCGAGGCUGUCGCAUUGAUCGGCGUCAGCGUUGUCCGACCAUUCAUGGACAAAAAGACCAACAUUUUCAACAUCUCAAUCGCAGCUGUCAACUUCCUCAACGCCAUUUUCCUCCUUGUCUUUUCAAAUGUCUUCGGUCAGCCGGAGAUGGUAUCGGGUGUCAUGGGCGUCAUCUUCGCUUUCUACAAUAUCGUCUUCGCUGUAGUCCUCUUGGUUUUGGUGCUCAUCGCGUCUAUAUACGCUAUUGCCUCAAAGAACCCUGAAGUCAGAUACCAGCCAAUGCGUGACGACCGGGGUAGCUUCAUCAAGUCUCAGGCUGCUUUGACCACGGAGCUCGAUGCAUUGGGUGCCACUGCACGAGGCGAAGACGAACCCAAAACAGGCUACAAGGGCUACGAUGAUGAUGCUUCGGUCUCCGAGGAGUCCUUGAAGCACCAGUCCGAAAUUUCUCAAAGACCAAUGUCACGAUCUCAAGGAGCCCUUAUGCACCAAGAAACUCCCUUGUACCCCAGCGAGAACAAUGGAAGACGAGGACCACAAGACUCUUACGAGCAACGACAAAUGUACAACCAAGGAUACAACGGAAGUGGUGGCUACGAUUAUGAUAGCCGGCCCGGGACAGCUCCAUCCUAUCAAACCUAUGCCGACUCGACAAACAGUCUGAACAACGGCUAUGCCCCGCCACGAUCUGCUCACGGUGGAUAUGCCCCACAACAAGGAUACCGACAACAUAACAAUGCUAGCCCUUGGCAACGCGGUGCUGGCUAUGAAUGACAACACUCGGGCCAAGUGCAAGACGAAAAGCAAGGCUUGUAUCCAAUCGCAAGCCAGGAUCGUCGUGGUAGAACAGAAAUGACUGAGAAU